AACGUGUAUUGGAUAGACGUGGCCAACAUUGCAGAACGGAUGAGCAAGCUCCGACCAUGGCAGCGAAUCAAUCACUUUCCUGGGAUGAGUAAUAUUGCUCGCAAGAAUCGGUUAGCGCAGAAUCUCGAGAAAAUGCGCCGCGAGUACCCAAAGGAGUACAGCUUCUACCCCCGAACAUGGGUUCUGCCUUUGGAACUUGCUGACUUUCGAGCCCAAUUUGAUUCUACUGGGCGAUCUUCACGGUUUUAUAUUGUCAAGCCAGACUCCGGGUGUCAAGGUCGUGGAAUUUUUCUAACUCAAAAUUUUGAUAGCAUUUCGCCAUUAGAACAAGUCGUUGCCCAACAUUACAUACGGAAGCCGUUCUUGAUUGAUGGAUUUAAGUUUGACUUGCGCUUGUAUGUACUCAUCACUAGCUGCAAACCUCUUCGCAUGUAUUUGUUUCACGAUGGACUUGUCAGGUUGUGUACUGAAGAAUAUUUAAAACCAAAUGCAGAGAACGUAGCGAUGCGCUGCAUGCACCUGACUAAUUACGCGAUCAAUAAGCACAACGAAAACUUUCAGAGCAAUGAAAAUGUAGACGCGGGCGAUGUUGGUUCGAAGCGCUCUUUGCGAUGGUUCAUGGAUUACAUUGCUGGUGAAAAAGGUCAGGUCAAGGCUGAUUCUCUUUGGCGCCGGAUGGGCACCAUGUCUGUAAAGGUGAUUAUUUCAAUUCUACCAACAUUGGUUCGCGAAUAUGAGUCAACUUUUUUCAGAGGGGCAGGAUCUCGAUGUUUUGAGGUUCUUGGUGUCGACAUUAUUGUCGACCAUGCUUUAAAGCCAUGGCUCGUGGAAGUUAAUCAUCUUCCGUCUUUUGCUACUGACUCACCACUAGACUUGGAUAUAAAGUCGCGAGUAAUUGAACAGACAAUGUCCAUUGUCAAAGCAAAGGCUAAUGACCGCUUCGUUUAU